AGUAGGCGGUAAUUAUUAGUGGAAAAAAUGGCGUUGCGCUAUUAAAUCGCCAGAGCGCGCGCUUCCAUUGGAGGGGCACCUGGGAUUGAUGAGGCACGGCGGCCAAUGAGAGCGCGAGGAGCGAAUGAACGGGCUCCAGUUUAAAGGGGGCGGAAGAGGAGGUAGAGCCAGUCCACGGAGAAACAGGGACCCUCCGCGAGAAACGCACGCGAGCCCGGACAAAUAAAUUCCUCGCCCCCUGAAAGUCGGAACGGCGUUUUUCCCUGAGAUGCUCCAGCCGCUCUCACUCUGUGCGCGCAGUGGACACCCAGUAAGAUAAUUAUUUCAUUCUUCGAUUGCAAGAAUAGGGGGUGUUUUUUUGUGUGAGGGGGGGGGGGGCGUUGUAGAAGGCACCCAACUGCCGCAGUCUAGAGAAGAGGACACGGGCAAACUCUUCACUUCGUUUGGAUUUUUUUUUUAAAGCACAAGUUAAAGAAGUAGAUCCGAUUAUCUUUUUCUCCCCCCCCCUUCCUUCUCCUUCUCCUCGCGAGCGGAGCGCGGUUUUAAAUCACGCCUGAUAUGAUGUUCCCAAGGUUUGGAAGUUGAAUCUGCUCACCAGCAUUCGAUUGUGUCCUCGUAACUUAUUUGCCGUACAGCCCUCAUUUGUUUCAAACCACCACCACCAACAACAACAACCAAAAAAAAAAACCUGAAAUAAUGCUACUGGAUGCUGGUCACCAGUUCCCCGGACUGGGCUCCUUCGCCAGGCAUCACUCGGCGAGCGAGAUGCAGGACAGAGACUUGAGUUUGUCUCAGAACAGCUUCGUGGACUCCGCGCACAUGGGCGCGUUUAAGCUGAACCACGACCUCUCCCCUGGACAGAGCUCUGCCUUCACGAGCCAGGCGCCGGGCUACCCCGCCGCGGCUCUCGGGGCUCACGCCGCGCACGUCACGUCGUACGCGAGCUCGCCUUUCAACUCCACCAGGGACUUUCUCUUUCGCAGUCGCGGCUUCGCCGAGUCCUCUCCGGCGAGCGGCCAACACGCUAUUUUCGGCCCCGCGGCGGGGUCCCUGCAUCACUCCCACACAGACACUCAGGGCCACAUUCUGUUUCCGGGGAUCCACGAGCAGCACGGGUCCCACGGGUCCCCGAACGUCCUCAACGGGCAAAUGAGGCUCGGACUACCCGGGGAGGUUUUCGGACGCUCCGAGCAGUACCACCAGGUCUCCAGCCCGAGGACAGACCCGUACUCGGCGGCACAGCUGCACAACCAGUACGGCUCCAUGAAUAUGAACAUGGGGAUGAACAUGGCAGCCCACCACCACCCCGGUGCCUUUUUCCGCUACAUGCGUCAGCAGUGCAUCAAGCAGGAGCUCAUCUGCAAGUGGAUUGACCCCGAGCAGCUCAGCAACCCGAAGAAGAGCUGUAACAAAACUUUUAGCACGAUGCACGAGCUGGUCACGCACGUCUCCGUGGAGCACGUCGGCGGACCGGAGCAGACCAACCACGUCUGCUUCUGGGAGGACUGCGUCCGGGAGAGCAAGCCGUUCAAGGCGAAAUACAAGCUGGUGAACCACAUUCGGGUGCACACCGGGGAGAAGCCGUUCCCGUGUCCCUUUCCCGGCUGCGGGAAGGUGUUCGCGCGGUCGGAAAACUUGAAGAUACACAAGAGAACGCACACAGGGGAGAAGCCGUUCCAGUGUGAGUUUGAAGGCUGCGACAGAAGGUUUGCAAACAGCAGCGACCGAAAGAAACACAUGCACGUGCACACGUCGGACAAGCCUUACCUGUGCAAAAUGUGCGACAAGUCCUACACGCACCCCAGCUCUCUACGGAAACACAUGAAGGUCCACGAAGCCUCCCCACAACCAUCAGACUCCUCGCCAGCAGCCAGCUCCGGCUACGAGUCCUCCACACCUCCAGGCCUAGUGUCUCCAACCACCGAGACCCAGAGCAACACCACCCUGUCCCCGGCCUCGGUGGUGCACAACACCACCAGCCACAGUGGCCUAUCCUCCAAUUUCAGUGAAUGGUAUGUGUAGGACUGAGGCCCGAACCAAGCGACACACACUCACUUCACAGCACUGGACCACUCGGCAGGAGAUUUGGGACACGUGCACUAAAAGGGGCACACAAAUUUCUUUAUUUUAAUAUUUUUUUCACCAGGGAAGAUGAGGAUUAUCAACAGAGGAAAAUAUGUAUAAUAGUGAAGGUGUAUUUCCUAUUGUAAAUAAUUACUAAAAGCCCACUUUCCCCAUCGGUUGUGAUAGUUUGUCAGUCUUCGGUGUAUCGAUGUUCCUUCAAUGGUAGCUAUUUCUCUAACUGGACUUUUAGUGCACAUAUUACAAUAAAAAAAAUGUAUUAUAAUGUUGACUAUUGUGAUCUUAAGGCAAAUUGAUUGUACUCUACUAAACAUCUAUAAACUGGAACGAGUGCCAAAGUUAACAUUUAACUCCAACAGACCACAAUAUUACGCUUGUGAAUGUAUAUUUUUUAGUUUGCUGGGCUUUGACUUGUGAUGUUUUGUGCUUUGCAAGUUUGAAUUGUGAAAUACUAUCUGGAGGAUUGUGAGGAAAAUAAACGUUGUGCCGUUCAAUUUUCUGUAAUUACACACCCUUCCUUUUGUAAAUAUCAACUGCCAUAUUUAUCCAUUUGUAAUUAAAUUAUGGUAUUUACUUGCUACAGAUGAAACAGUAUUUAUAAAAGAAUGUUUCUUUACUAUAAAUAAUUGCGAGCUAAACAUGGGCAGUUGUUUCGUUAUGUGCUUUUGUUCAAAGUUUUAAGAGGUGUUUCCUUCCUUAUUGUGACAAGAAUUUUACUGCAUACAAAUAUAAUAAACGGUGUUGCAAGUG